AUGGGCCAAGGCUUCUCGUUGGCGACGCCGUCGGCCGGCUCAGCUGGCAUCCAUGUUCCGCAGCUGCACGAUGUGCAGUACGAACGCAGCAUCGGCAACGCGCGCUUCAUGAAGAGCAUCCGAGGUCGUCAUGAGCACGGCGUCGUCCUGGUAAAGGUCCUGCUUAAGCCAUAUGCCGAAGUCAACCUUGAACAGUACAAGAAGAAAAUCCUGGAGGAGCGGAAAGCCCUGGCUGACGUGCCCAACGCUCUGGCCUUCCAACGCAUCAUCGAGACCGAAACGAACGGGUACCUUGUUCGCCAGUUUCAGUACAGCUCACUUUACGAUCGCCUGAGCACGCGUCCCUUUCUCGAGGACAUCGAAAAGAAAUGGCUGGCGUUCCAGCUCCUCUGCGCACUCCGAGACUGCCAUGCCCGUGACGUCUAUCACGGGGACAUCAAGGCGCAGAAUGUGCUGGUGACGUCGUGGAACUGGCUGUACUUGACCGAUUUCUCGUCAGCGUAUAAACCCGUCCUGCUGCCCGACGACAACCCUGGGGAUUUCUCGUACUUUUUCGACACGUCCGGUCGACGCACUUGCUACGUUGCGCCUGAGCGCUUCUACGCCUCUGGGGACGGCUCGCCAACUGGGACCAAGAUGACGUGGGCCAUGGAUAUAUUCAGCGCUGGCUGCGUUAUUGCGCAAAUGUUUCUCGAAUCCGAGAUUUUCAGCCUCGCCCAGCUCUACAAGUACCGGCGGGCCGAAUACGACCCCGUCAUCACCCAUCUGAGCGUCAUCUCCGACAAGGACGUUCGGGACCUGAUUGCACACAUGAUCCAGCUGGAUCCGGAGAAGCGCUAUUCUGCAGAGCAAUACCUUGAAUUUUGGAAAGGAAAAAUCUUUCCGAGCUACUUCUACAGCUUUCUGCACCAGUACAUGGAGCUUAUUACCGAUCCAACCUCUGGCAACAGUCCCAUGUCGAGCUGUCAGAAGAAUAUGGGCGAAUCCGAUGACAGGAUUGACCGCGUCUUUUACGACUUUGACAAGAUUUCCUAUUUCCUGGGCUACCGAUCAGGCAAGAGACUGCCACGCCAGUGUUCGCCAAUGUCCCGACUGAGCUUGGCGCAUUUUCCGGUGCGCCUGAGCAUCCCCCAUCACGAGCAUGUGGUAUCAGCAGACUUGGAGCCGCCAGAGGACGACGGUACGUUAAUCUUUCUGACGCUGCUAGUCUCGUCGAUGAGAACCACGGCCAGAGCAUCAUCUAGAGUCCGGGCUUGCGAUAUCCUCCUGGCCUUUUCCGAGCGGUUGACGGAUGAAGCAAAACUGGACAGAGUGCUGCCGUAUCUCAUGACGCUGCUCAAGAAGGAGGAGACGGAUGUGGUCAUAGUCGCAGCCAUCAGAACGAUUACACAACUCCUUCAACUCGUCCGUAUGCCGACGCCCAUCAACUCUCACAUCAUGGUCGAGUAUGUCCUGCCUCGUCUGGAAAUUGCGCUAGGGUCGAGGUCGCGCGCAGCUAGCUCUCUGGUGCGAGCCACUUAUGCCUCGUGUAUCGGGAGUCUCGCAUCGACCUCCCUACGGUUUUUGGAAAUCGCGUCUAGCUUACGAGCCGACCGAUCUGUGCCCAUUGCGGAUCCGGAAGUCGAGCCUGGCGCGGAGGCCGAGGCCAACUUCGAAAGCGUGUUUGAUAAUGCCGGGCGCGAAUUAUUCGAAAUACUAGAGAGCCAUACGAAACAGCUGGUUGAGGAUGCCGAUGUCCAUGUUCGCCGGGCUUUCCUGGCCUCCGUGCCGGAGCUUUGCUUGUUCUUCCAGGAGCAGUCCAAUGACGUCCUGCUUACCCAUCUGAAUACCUAUCUGAACGACCGUGACUGGACCCUCAAAUGCGCCUUCUUUGAUACUGUCGUCGGCAUCGCCGCCUUUAUCGGCAGCACCAGCUUGGAAGAGUUCAUGCUGCCGCUCAUGGUUCAGACCUUGGCCGAUGCCGAAGAGUCUGUGGUGCAGGCAGCACUGCACUCGCUCGCACAACUUGCCGGCCUUGGCCUCUUGUCUCGGCCCAGGAUUUGGGAUCUCGUGGACCUCGUCGGGCGGUUCACCAUGCAUCCAAACAUAUGGAUACGCGAGGCCGCUGCCGAGUUCCUAGCCCAAUCCGUCGCCUUUCUCGACCCGGCCGACGUGCGGUGCAUACUUCUCCCCCUGGUAGCUCCUUACUUCAAAAUAGCAACUCUGGUUGAGCUGGACGAACUCGGCAUGCUGGAUUCGUUGAAGAAGCCACUGACCAGAGCCGUGUUCGAACAGGCCGUCACAUGGGCAAGUCAGGCCGACAAGGGUUCCUUUUGGAAACCGUUGCAAAAGAUGCAAUCUUUGGCCUUUGGACCGUCAGGCACCCGUGCUUCCAAAGAUCUCAAAGUCAGUUCAAUGAGCAGGAUUGCGCGAAGCGAAGAAGACGAGCAAUGGCUGUCCAAGCUGAGAAAGCUUGGUCUCGAGGCAGACGACGAGCUAAAGCUGUUGGCUCUCGGUGAACAUAUUUGGAGACUCGGUAAAGCCAAGUCCAAAGCUGGCGACUCUGCAGCCGCGACCGCAACCCCAGGCGUCCAGAACGGUCUGAUUUCGCUGAAAGAGCUUGGGGUUACACCGCAAACCGUGUUUUUCAACGACGCACCGCUUCGCGAUCCGAGCAUGACCCCCGACCUUGAUUCGCCGGCCGAGCCGUACACCAUUGCAGAUGCUUUACUGGAUGCGGCCAUGACUAUAGACGACGACGGCACAGAGCGCCGGAGCACAGCCAUCGGCAUCGGCAUCGGCAUCGGCAUCGGCAUCGGCAUCGGCAUCGGCAUCGGCAUCGGCAUCGGCAUCGGCAUCGGCAUCGGCAUCGGCAUCGGCAUCGGCAUCGGCUUCGGCUUCGGCAUCGGCUUCGGCUUCGGCUUCGGCAGCGCGGAAACUCUUGUUACCAGAAGAGCCGCUGGUGGAACCGUUGCGAACGAUGACGUGUUCCCGCACGACGGACCUUACUCAUCAAGGAGGAAAGCCAUGCGCCAUCAAUCAAGCGUGUUGAGUCUCCUCGACAGGAAGGACGGGAACAAGUCAGCAGCCGAGACCAGCACCAGUGACACCAACGCAUUUGGGGAGGUAAAGGGGCCGUUUGCUCAAAACGCACCCAUCAUCUCCGUGACGCCUACGCGCGAGAACCAAGAAGGCGGGCCAGGCCCCAAGCCAGCUAGGCACACCUACGAAGGAAGAGAUCCCAGCAUCCAACGAAUGCUGGAUCAAAUGUAUGUUGACAACUUCCCCCGAGACAUCCUGGAGUUCGGGCCCAUGGUGCAGCCUAUAGCAAGAAGCAAGGCCCGAGCGGUCAGCGCGCAGUCUGGAGAGGAACAUUGGAGACCGGAAGGCCGUUGGAUAGCCACGUUUGGCGAGCACAAGGGGCCCAUCAACAGAAUUGUUGCGUCUCCCGACCACGUCUUCUUCAUCACGGGCGGUAACGACGGCUGCGUCCGGGUCUGGGAUACGGCAAGACUGGAGCGGAACAUAAGCCACCGGUCUAGACAGACGCACAAGCAUGCCGACGGGGCCAGAGUGCUGGCCUUGUGCUUCGUGGAGAAUUCGCACUGCUUUGUCAGCUGCGCGUCGGAUGGGAGCGUGCAUGUCGUCAAGGUGGACGCUGUUUCCACCAGCGGGGUCGUUCGGUACGGCAAACUGCGGCUCGUGCGAGAGCACGCACUUGCAGAGGGGGAGUUUGCCGUCUGGUGCGAGCAUUUCAGGCAGGAAAGCAACUCGGUGUUGCUAGUGGCCACGAACCGGUGCAGGAUUCUCGGAAUCGAGCUGCGAACCAUGGCGGCCCUGUACUCGUUGGACAACCCGGUGCAUCACGGUGCCCCCACCUGCUUCUGCCUGGACAGGAAGAGAAACUGGUUAUGCGUCGGCACGUCGCACGGAGCUGUGGACCUGUGGGACUUGCGCUUCAAGAUGAGGUUGCGCGGAUGGGGCGUGCCGGGAAAGGGCGCCAUCUACCGCAUGUGCAUCCAUCCCACCAAGGGUCGCGGGAAGUGGAUAUGCAUCUCUGGCGGCACGGGCCAAGGCGAGGUGACGGUAUGGGACCUGGAGAAAACCACGUGUCGGGAAAUCUAUCGCGCGAGCGGCAACGGCAGGGACGGCCAGGGGGGGGGGUACAGCGCGUGGGACGUGGACGAAGACGAAGACUACAAGAAGGCCGAGGGCAUGCUUGGCCGCUUUGCCACCAACUUGGAGAGCAGCGAAGCCAGCAACGCGGACCGCGGCGUGCGAGCCAUGGUGGCCGGCACAGGCACUGCCGAAGGCUCUCGCGACGUGCGCCACGCAUUCAUCAUCACGGGCGGGUCAGACAAGAAGCUGCGUUUCUGGGACAUCUCGCGCAUCGAGAUGUCGCGCGUCUUUAGCGGCCUGGCCUGGGACGAGCAGCAGCCGACGUACUCUGCGACGCAUCCCACCACGGCCUUGGCGUUGAGCGUGGAGAAGGCCCACGGGCACGCCUCGUCGGCGUCCGGCAGCGACCAGGCGGGCGGCGGCAGAACAGGAGGAGGGUCAUCCAGGGGGAAAGGCCCCAGCGGAAGGGCGCCCAGGUCGACGGUGGUUUCGUUGCAGCAGCAGCGCCUGCUGCAGUCGCACCUGGAUGCUAUUCUGGACGUGGCGGUGCUGGAGUAUCCGUACACGAUGAGCGUGAGUGUUGAUCGGUCCGGGUCGGUGUUUGUGUUUCAGUAG